ACUAAGACGUAGGGCGGUCCAAUUUGUGGUGAUUGUCACGUUGUUUUUGGAAUCCUAUUUAGCAUGGACCCUAGUAGGGUAGUUGAGGCAUUAAGUAAUACUCUGUUGGCAGAAAAACAAGGAAAUGGAACAAAGAUACUUGAUGAAAUGCAUAAAAUUAUUGGAUUUGUUCCCACUCUAUUGAAAAUCAUCCUUGAAGAGAGUAUUGAUGUGGGAGUACGACAAGCAGCAGCUCUCUAUUUUAAAAACAACAUCUCUGAAUGGUGGAAGCCCGAUGAGUCAGACGAAUCUGGUGAAUUAAGAUUUUGUAUACAUGAGCAAGAUAAACAGGCAAUCAGAAGUUCUAUUGUAGCAGCUCUUGUCUCGGCGCCAAUUCCUUUUCAGUAAGACAUUUUUCUGAAGUAACUUCUUAAACAAGAACUCAUCUCCAGGUUGCUCUUUCCAAAAUAAUUAGGCAUGAUUUUCCUACUCGUUUUGAAGAGUUCCCUGAACAAGUAAAGCAUUUUUUAGAAUCAAAUGAUCGCUAUCAUCUUCGAGGAGCUCUUCGUUGCCUUUAUGCUUUUGUUGAAGUGUAUACAUACAAAAAGAACGAUGAACGCGCAAAUACGGUUUCCACGAUGCAAGUUUUUUUUCCAAUCUUAUAUUCAACGUUGUCGAGUCUCAUUGUUGAAGAAUCCGAGGAUUCUUAUGUACUUCAAACGCUCAUUAUCAAAAUAUUCUUUUCAUUUAUAAAUUACCAUUUCCCACUGGAUGCAAUGAAUAAACAGUUAUUUACUCAUUGGAUUGAUAUGUUCUGUACUAUACUCGGUGAUUUCAAAGUGACUCAUUCGGACACUUCAAGUUCAACCUGGAAACGGCAAAAAUGGGCUUUAAAAAUACUUAACAGGGUUUUCACCCGGUAUGAUGCGUAGAAAUCACUAACUCCUUUCAGUUAUGGUAGUCCUGGCUCAGUCAUUAAGCUAUAUCAACCAUUCGCUGACUGGUAUCUUAAAGCCUUCUCAGGGCAAAUAAUAUCAGUACUUCUGAAUAUAUGUGAAGCAUACAGACAAAAAUCAUUCGUUUCCAAGCCUGUGCUUAGUCAAACACUGGACUAUUUUUCUUCGGCGUAAGUAAAACACAAUCCAACUUGUUUUUGUAGACUGGCUAACUCAUUUUCAUGGAAAUUGCUACGGCCACACUUCUCUCUUUUGGUCCGUGAAGUUAUAUUCCCGCUAAUGUCAUAUACUGAAGAAGAUGCAGAAUUAUGGCAAGAAGAUCCAGUGGAAUACAUUCGAGCAGAAGCUGGUGAUUGGGGAUCAGUAUCUAGUCCAGCAAGUGCGGCGUCUACGCUUCUAAGUGAAGCAUGUGUUAAACGACGUGGUGUUCUCAAUAACAUAAUGCCGUUCUGCAUUCAUAUAUUAAGUUCCGAGAGUUCUCCUAUUGAGAAGGAUGCUGUUUUGCACAUGUACAUAGCUAUAGCUGAAAUCUUAUUGAAAAAAGCUGCAUACAAGUCUCAAUUAGAAUCAUUUCUUGUAGGUCAUGUCCUUCCGACUUUGCAUGCUCCUGAAGGAUAUCGUCGUGCUAGGGCUUAUAGAUUGCUGGAGAAAUUAUCAGAGGCUAAAUUCAAUGACCAAAAUAUAUUUGCCCAAGUUGUUGAUGAAGUGAGAAAAGCUGCAUGUUUUGAUUCGGAAUUGCCAGUUCGUGCGUUUGCUGCACUCUGUCUCUCAGAAUUAGUUCGGUGUCAAGAAGCUGCUCAUCAAUUUGUGGCUCCUCAUCUACGCGAACUCUUGAUACGUUUAUUGGAGCUUCUUCGGCAAACUGAAUUCGACGAUUUAAACAGUGUAAUCGAAAUAUUAAUACAUACAUUUGAAAAAGAAAUAGUUCCAAUCGCUUCUGAAGUUAUGCAAACAUUGUCAGAUACGUUUCAUCAGCUCGUUAUUAAAUCCGAGUAUGAAUUAAAUAGGGAAUUAAUCGAGCUUGAGGAUACAGAAGAUCUCUUUGAGUACCGGUCAAUAGUUGCUACAAGUGUUUUAGAUAAUAUGGAGUCUAUUCUGCAAGUUGGUGAAGAUAAUGAAAACCUUGUUGCUCAGCUUGAACCCAUUGUUGUGCAUUUGAUUCAGUCUAUAUUCAACCAUAAAUUAAGUGUGUUCUUUGAUGAAGCUCUCACGUUCAUUUUCUCGCUGACAACUAACAAGAUUUCCCCACUUUUGUGGCAACUUUUCGAUCAACUCUAUCCUGUAUUCAAAAAAGAUGCUUGCGAGUGCUUUUCCGAAAUGAUGCCCUGUCUACAUAAUUACAUAACAGUGGACCGUGAGGCUUUCCUGGCAAAUACUUCACGUAUUGAACAAAUUACUGCUAUGUGUUUAGAGGUGUUCUCAAUGGAUGACCAAGAAAGACUACAAAUGCAUGCUGCAAAAUUACUUGAAGUUAUUUUACUUGAUUAUCGAGGUCAAGUGAAUCAGUAUGUACCAAAAUAUGUUGAGCUAGCACUUACACGUCUUACACGCCCGCUUGUUUCAAGUGAACUUAGAACACUCUGUAUGCAGGUGGUAAUUGCUGGAUUGCUUUACUCACCUAUGGAUAUGCUCCAUAUGAUGAUCGAGCAUCCAUGGCCUGGGACAGAGGUUAACAUUUUGUCCGAAUUCCUUAAACGAUGGAUUGAAGAUGCAGACUGUUUCCUUGGAUUGCAUGAUCGCCGCCUCUGUGUCUUAGGACUUUGUUUGAUUAUUUCUCUUCCGGUUGAUAAACGAACUGAUGCAAUUGUAACAUUCAGUGAAAAGUAUAUACCAUCACUUCUACUGCUAUUUUCUGGACUGAAAAAGGCGUACGCAACAAAAGCUUCCAAUCAAAAUGAGGAUGAUUCGGAUGAAGAAGAAUCUGAAACAGAGGAAGAUUUAGAGGGUAAAGCUUUGGGAAGCGAUGAAGAUGAAGUAGACGAAGAAAGUGUUCGUUAUUUAGAAAUGUUAGAGGCAACUAAAGAUUCAGAUGACGACGACGACGAUGAUGAUGAAGAUGAGGACGAUGAGGAAGAAGAAACACUCGAGGCGUUCGACACACAGAUGGAUAAGUCUGAAUGUGAUAUGGAUGAAUAUGUAACGUUUUAUCGUGUAAUGACUGAAUUGGAACGAUCUGAUUAUGCAUGGUAUAGUCAGUUGAUCAAUCAUCUUAGUGAAGAACAACAAAAUGAUCUCAAAGGAGUGGUGGAUACUGCUCUAAAAUGUAUCCAACAAAAAGAGUCUAAAAUUAUUGAACAAGCUGGAGGAUAUACUUUUUCACCAACUAUCCCUAGUAGCUUUGAUUUCGGUUCACCCAAUGGACAACUUAAAUAAUCUAUGUGUUAUAAACUCUGUUGUAAGGAAUUGAGUAUUAGUUUAUGAUACUUUUUUCUCUCUGUAUAGGAUAUGUUAUAGUCUAAUAAACAUGUAAACAAAACUUUCAUAAUUACAAUUUACUUAACUCCAUUAAAUGUGCGCGCUACCCAUUAUGCUAUUUUUAUUUCAUAAAUAAUCUGGUAACUAUAAUUUUGUUCUCUCUUCAGUUUGUUUUCCUUUUAUCAUUGUACACAUGUAUUCCUCUUCUUUGUCUUCGUCUUCUGUAUGCUCUUAUUGUCAAUGUUUACUAUUUCUAACUUUGUGUUUCUUGUUCAACUGACACUAAUCCAUGAUCUUUGUCUGUAAUGCUUCUAUUCUUCUCCCCCAUUCGUAAAUAUUCUAUAUUGCACACACACACAUAUAUAUUUGUGUUUUGUUUUUCUUUUUUUCCAUUAAUCAAUGCAUGAAAUGAAAAACUAACCAAAUAUAUAAUUCGUGUUCAACAGAGAUUCGAUUGUGACUUAUUUGUUGGUAAAUAUUUUUCUUAUGUAUUCAAAGAAAACUGUGUUUUUUUGUUUGUUUUUAUAUCCCUGUUUUUUCAAUAUUAGUUCCCCCUUCUUUCUUUUUUUUGAGAAAAAAGAAAGAAAAAAAGAUCUUGUUAACGACUGCAUUAUAAAACUGGGGUUAAUUUUCUUGCUUAUUUUUGCUCUUUUUUAAGACAUUCAAUUUCUCAGAUCACUGCUUUUUGAAAGAAAAAUAUAUAUAAUUAGUACAGUGUUAUGAUCCUCUAUGAAAUUUGAUUUGCUUUUACAAAAUAAAAUCUAUUCAGUUUUGCUUUG